CCUGGGUAGCUAUGCACCUCAUUCCGUAAACGGGCAGCCUUUUGAUGGGCAGCGAGAGGUUAUAUUAUCUCACACCAAUUUCCUUCUGCAUGCUGCAAUAAGCUCGACUUGAAAGCACGGCUCUACUCAAGAGGUCAGCUGGGGCAUGUUUCAACAACCCGGCGAACAGAAACGAUGAAAACAUGUACAAGAUGACGAUAUCUGCGAGGCCGCUGUGGACAUGCCACCCAAGAGCCUCGAAUAUUGGUCUGAGAUUGUUCUCUUCUUCCACUAAGCAGCUCGCUCCGAAUGGAACUGUUGUAGGAAGCAAUGAGACCAAGCCACUAGACACUGGCUCCCGAGCUUCGAAUGCGUCAUUUGACGAGGGACAAAUUUCACGCCUUGCAGGAAAGCAUCUUCACAACCUCAAUCUUGCCGACCUUGUCAAGCAUGGCAGGCCACCGCUCUCGGAGGAGGCCCUCCUCCAGUCAGCCAACUUCACGCUGAGUUUGCUCCCAAUUCGACUGGCACACCGACUUCAAGCCCUACGCAACCUGCCAUACAUCGUAGUGUCGAACCCGAACAUUCGUACUAUAUACAACAACUACCAACGUUCUCUGGAGACCCUACUGCCUUGGGAGGAGCGGGGCGGUAUAAAUACCUUGGGGGAGGAGGUUGAGUUUACAGAAGUUCUCGCCCAGUUGGUUCGCACACAUGCCGAUACUAUACCAAUUCUUGCCCGCGGUUUCCUGGAGUGUCGCCGCUACGUGAGCCCUCAAGACGUCACGGCCUUUCUCGAUGCCCAUUUGCGCGCCCGCAUCGGUACACGUCUUGUAGCCGAGCAGCACAUCGCGCUGCACUACUCCUCACAGCCACACUUUGACCCGGCCGCGAGUCCAGUCCCAUGCCCCGAGGAACCUUCGUUUGUGGGUGUCAUUGACACAGCACUCAAACCUGUUGAUAUUCUCGACCAUUGUGGCGGUGCCGUAGCUGAGAUAUGUGAGCUACGUUACGGUGUUCGUCCAGAGUGGGUAGUCAAUGGUUCGCCAGACACUACAUUUGCAUACGUUCCCAUGCAUUUGCAUUAUAUCCUCACGGAGCUACUGAAAAAUGCUUUCCGUGCCACGGUUGAAAACAACAUGAGCAAAGAGCCCAUCGAGGUCACUAUCGCACCUGCUUUACCUCUGGAUGACAGCCGUGGCCUGCGUCUGAAACCGCCAUCCGUCUCACGCGGUGCUUUCCGUUCCGAUGUAAUACAGCCUCUGGACGACAACGCACCUGGAGUGACUAUUCGGAUACGUGAUCGUGGUGGCGGUAUUGCGCCCGAGGUUCAGCCAAAUAUCUGGUCGUAUAGCUACACAACAUUUUUUGACCAGGACGAUAGUUUGCCUGGAGGGGCCGGCGGAAGUGGAGGUGGGAGCACUGGUGACUUUGCACUCAAUAUAAUUUCGAGCGCGAGCAACGGUCGCAGCUCUAUUGCUGGGCUGGGCUACGGGCUACCGCUCAGUAGAGCUUACGCUGAGUAUUUUGGGGGCAGCAUCGACGUUCAAAGCCUACACGGCUGGGGUACUGACGUCUAUCUACGACUUAACGGGGUCGGAAGACUGGAGUGAGGGCUUUCCUUGAAUUUUGCCAUGCAUCUAAUACCCUUUUACUAACAUUACGUCUACAUUUCUUUUUCUUAUAGGAAUAUUUCCAAACCUCCGAAGGCUUGAUCGGGGCCACACUGAAGUCUAAAUCUAGGCCUUGUGGAUGAAACGGGCUUCUCUGUCACCUCGGAUCAAACUAGCAUACGAUUUCAUAUUCUGAAGGGGAUGAGCAGUUAUCCCAUGACAGCGGGAUUAUUACGUAUUUUAUACACAGCUUGAUACCAUUUUACGGUCAGUUACAGAUCGGCCGCUUUACAUACUAUCAGCAGAGUCCGUGUAUCAUACCUCAAGUUGCUUGUUUCGGGCUAGAGUUUGCAUGAUCAAAUGUUCUGGUAUCGUCUUUGGUCGAGUCGAUGCAGUUAUGUAUACCUAACUCCAUAGGUAUGGUGGCAAACAGAAAAUCACUGUUGGCUCUACGCAAAGGGACGUGGAACAGAGGUGUCAGUUGGUUGUGCUUCUAUUACCGACAGCGCCGGCAUCCUUUUUGUUAGGCAUUGGGGUCGACUUGUUAGCACGAGUUGGAUUCUAGAUGUAUGAUCCCCCAAGUGGAUGUUCCACACGGUGUCCAGAGAGCAGACUAUGGAAUAAUCAAAGCUGAGGUCGGAC